AUGGGUGCAGCAAAACAUCAUAGAGCUGCGGAAAAGCAACCCUGCUGGGCUGACCUGGUGCACGAGUUUGGGGCGCUCUCCCUCCACUACGGCAUGCCUCAAGCCCCUUCGAGUGGAACAACGACCGCCCUCGAAAUCACGUCUGUCACGCCCGAUGAAAGCUUCUGGCCGAGCGUGGCUCAUAUCGUACGGAGAAUCACAACUGACUGCCACGCAUCUGUACAAGAGAACAAGUAUCCCGACUUGGUGAUAUCCAAUGGCGACAUGCCCGGCAUGAUCCGAGCCAAGCUGGGGGGCAUCCCCAGUGCGUCGAUUGCGCACGGACAGCUCUUUCGUGUCGCCGAAAAGCCCGACUUUGUGACGGAGGAUGACCACCUCGACAAGGCGUGGGAUCGCGAAGACUUCAAGAACUUUGCCGCGAGCUUCUUUGCCCAGUGGACCAUUGCGACCCACUUUUGUUACCUCCAGUCCAAAAUGCCCCGUGGGUCCGUCGUUCAGACGCCCCUGCGGCAAGAAGUCAUCACCAUGGCCAGUGCCCGACAACUCGCACCCGCUUCCUUCAAUAAGAUACCCCGUGGCGAUGAAGUAGAGAAGCUCUUGAUUGAAGAGUACCCUCUAAUAUCCCGCCGUCGGCUAGUGAUUUGUUAUUUCCGGGACAAGAAUGGCCAGUCCAUUAUUGAUGCCUUACUGGCGUCGGGAUUCAACGUAUUGCUCAUGGUGGACGAGACGAGCGGCAGCGACGAAACCACCAAGGUCAAAGUCAUGGGAACAUCGGGUCAAGACCCCACCUCCCCUUACCUUAUCCAAGUCGCUGAUCGUCAACUCUUUCUCCCCCUCAUGCACGUGGUGGACGGGGUGGCCUCGUCAGCGGACGACGAACAACACUUGAAUGUCGAACUCAGCCGCCAAUGUCAACAAACGCAAGUCUUUGGCACGUCCUUUGAGUCCUUCGAGUCACGAUACGGGAAAAGGCGGCGGGCGGCCUCCGAUUGGGAACCCAACACGGACAAUCUGCUCAUGUCAGAAAAGCGUUUUCAAGGCUUUGAGGAGGCGGUGCAAAUGAGUCAAAUGAGUGACAUGUACUUUGACUUUUUGGAGGGUCAAAAAGCCAAUCCCCAACAUAUUGACAACCUUUUGGCGGGCAUCGAAGGUUCCAUGCCAGGGGCCGUCGAAGGCGCCAUGCCCGGGGUCAUGGAUAUUAUCCGCGAUAUUCUCCAAGAGCUCAACCACCAAGAGCCUGUCUCUUCGUAA